AUGGGGAAGGAAACUGAUUGCCCAGAAGAGAAGAGCUGCUCUUAUGACUUCAAAAGAUUCAAGAUCAUGGUGGCCAUGAAUCUGCUUGUGUUUUGCUUGUGUUUUGAUUCCAUGAAAUUCUUCCAGAAAAAAUUCACGGGGUUACAAUUGUUUCAAGCCAUUUAUGAGACUUUUUAUUUGUACUCCCAUCAUUUUUUGAUGAACCACACCACUAACACACCACCUGCUAUUGUGUACACCAGGAGAAAGAAACAGAAGCCACUAGAGGCAGCAGCAGUGCAGGUAAAGUUAGCCCACUUAUCAGUAUGUCACCCACAAAGCAAUGGGCAAGCAGAGGCGGCGAAUAAGCAAAUCCUGGCUGCGUUGAAAAAGAAACUAGAAGACUAUAAAGGCAAAUGGGCAGAUCUUAUGCCAGAAAUUUUGUGGUGCAACAGAACUUCUGUCAAGGAAGCUACCGGCGAGAGUCCGUUUAAGCUAAGCUACGGGUCUGAGGCAGUCAUACCGGCGAAAAUGGCUCUGCCAACCAUGCGAAUCCAGCAUUACGAUGAGGAAAGAAACGAUCAGCUGCUACGACAUCAGUUGGACUUCAUGCCAGAAAUCCGCAUGAAAGAAGAAAUCAGUUCGGCAGCAUACAAAAGCAGAAUGAGCUGA